CGAUAAACGUGCAGAGCGCCGAGCGAAACGUCGAAUUCGCGCGGCGAAACAUUUUUUCCCCUCAAUCUCAGUGACCGUUGACAGUUUGUGGUUGGAUUUUUGUUGUUGACUCAAGGAAAAAACGAAGCUUAUUUUUGAAAUUUACAACGUUUUACUGGGAGAUAAGUUGUUUUAGUCUGCGGAAAACCAUGCACUGACCGCUAUGGACAAAGCCGGUGUAAAAAUGCUAAUCAAUGACGUGGAAAACAAGGAAGAACUGUUCAACAUCAUUGUGAGCGAGUUGCGCAGCCAUGGAAUUAAAUAUCGCAAAGAAAAGCGGUCAAAACCGGGCCAGGAUAAACUCCGGUGCCGAAGAAUUUUCAACGUCCCGUUACAUACGCUCGAGUUGACCGAUGUCAUCCUGGCCAAUGGGGGAAUCGCCCAGGUUCCGUUGUUUGUGUCGGACGCCUGUCAACGAAUCCUGGAGCAGGUUCAUACAGAAGGACUUUUUCGGAAGGCCGGGUCAUCUAAGCGUCAGCAAGAAAUUAAGGCGAAUUUGGAAUCUGGAAUUCCGCUCGGAAAGUCGCAUCACGUAAUCGACGUCGCCAACAUACUGAAAACCUUUUUCAGAGACCUGCCGGAACCGUUGCUUCCGACUGGUAACAUCCAAGAAGCACUAAUCCGAUGCCUGCUGGCCGGCGAACAAAAAGUUUACGAUCUGAUGAUAACGUGCCUGCUGUUGCCGCCGAUAACCCUAAAUACGUUGGCCUUUUUUCUUCAGUUCCUGCACACCGUUUCGCUGAAUUCGAACGUCAAUAAAAUGACCGUCGAAAACCUGGCCAUAAUCUUGACCCCGAACCUGAUGCCGAUCGCCGAAAUGAUUCAGCAACGUCUGACCAGCCAUGUCAAGGUGAUACAGCUGUUGAUUGAGAAUUCGCACCAAAUCGGAGUAAUCCCGCUGGGAAUUCUGGAAAAGCUAAACGAAACGGUCAGCGUGGUGGUGCGGUCGACCGAUUCCAGCAUGAUGACCGGUGGCGGCAGCAGCAACACCGACAAGAAAAAAAAGAAACGCCGCAGCGGAUCGCUAACGCGGAUGAUUCACGGUCUGAUGAAAAAGGUGGGCGCCAAGGGAUCGUCCGAGUGCCUGGACAAGACCGAUGAACAUCCCGAUAUGACGAUGGCGAUCGCUGCCACUCCGUGCCUUAACAAGUCCUCCAAGAAGCGCAAGGUCGUCGACGGGAUGCCGUUCAGUGCCAAGAAGAAGAAGGAAGUCGUAUCGUCGCUUCCGGACAAUCAGGAAAUUCUACCAUACACACCGAUUGCAAUAAUGAAAGAAACGAAAAAGUCCCGUUUGAGUCUGGGAGGUCACAAGAACAAACAGGCUAAAUCAGCCAACCAGCAGCUGCUAGUUCCAAGCACUUCGACCACAUCGAUCGCCGAGAAACCGGUUAUGGAACGGCGCUGGAGUGUGGUGGGCGCUCCUUGGAAUCGGAGCAAAAAACGAGCGGCCAAUGUGCCGGCCACCAAAACCGCAGAAGUCGCGGUAAAAACUGACGAUGAUGCGUCUAAUGUGUUGGCCGGACUGUCCCCGAUGGUGUCCCUUCCAAGCUUUAGCAUUUCGGACGCCGAUACGGAAGAAUCGGUGGCGGCGAGAAAGUCCUUCCUGAAGGGAAAAGCACUGUUCAACGAUGACGACGAUGGCAGCGGCCGUGAUCACGAAGACGACGAUAAAUAUCUGAGGAGCGAAUACGAGGCCAUCAAGGAGCGUGUGAGUGCGAUAGAAACGCGCAUUUCGCAAGAGUUUGGAAGCAUAAUGGGGACCGUUGACCGCGUUGAGGACCAGUACCAGCAGACGCUUGAGCAAACCAUUCCAAUCGAGGCAAGCUGCACGAGUACGGAUCAACUGGCGAAACGGCUGAGCCGGGAGUUGAAGAUUCGCCGAAGUUCCGAGCACAAAGUCAUGCGGUCGCCGAGUGCGCGAAAAAUAGGCACAAUCCGACGGCGUUCCCGGGAAAACGUACGACUUUCACGUAACCAAUCGUGGCAUGUGGCAAGUUCUGUUACGGGCGGAACCGCAAAAUCGAUACCACCUGUCGUCGUUUCCGAUUUGUCCUUUUACCCCAAGACGAACCUGAAACGGGGUCGUCCCAACACGAUCCAAACGGGACUUAAACAUAUGGAACUGAGCCCGGUGAGGCGGCCGGAAGAAGACUCUGAACAGAACUCAACCGUGGUGGUGGGACAAAAUUUUACCGAUGAAGAGAAGCAGCAAGACGAAAAGUGGACCUGCGCCCAAAACUUUUUCAACUCGCCGAGCAGCCAAUCGAAACUGGAUUCGUUUAUGGACAGCACCACGGCCGAUGAAGUGUUCAAGACACCGGAGGUAACGACGGUGCCCUCGCGACGUACUUCGCUCCGCCCGGCGUCUGGCUCGCACAAGAAAGCUUCCACCCCGAGCUUUGUAACGAGGAUUGAGUUGAACGUCGCCAAAACGCCCAUGCUGCCACCCGAAAUACCUCCGCGUAAAACACCCGUGAAGACCCCAAUGUUGCCACCGAAGACACCCGGCCGAACGGAAUCAUCCACCGCGCUCAAGACCCAUUUAACGCCGCUGCAAGAACUCCAAUCGGGACGGGCCUCGAUAGCGCGGCUGCGAAGCCAAAAUGCCGGAAUGGUCAUGGCCAAAGCGAAACUCUUCGACGGAAUGGUCACCAGCGCAAACCGUUCGGGAGCUCAACCGGCCCAGCUCGACCCCAGACGGCAGAGCAAUCGGUUCGUCGUGAAGAAAAAUCCCGACGGUAGUCAGCACAUCAAACCGUUGAUGCUGGUCCCCGACAAAAUUCAACUCCGACAGGUGCAGAAGGUUCGCAGCUCGAGCCACCACAACGUCAAAAGUCCCCGCCGGAACACACCCCAUAAACGGACCACCACAAAGUCACCCCACGGUGGCAUCAACCGGCGGGACAAACUGCGCCUCGUCGCGGCCAAGUCCCCGGGCUUCCAUUCGCCGAGGGUCCUCAGCAAGCUGCAGGAAAACCCGGACAUUAGCGUGUGCCUCUCGCCGAAUUUGUACGACCUGGACAACAAAACGCCCCACGCGAAGAAACCAAUCAUGCGAAACUCGCCCCGCCGGAUCGUCGGCAAAACCCCGCAGGGUCGGGAAAAUCGGCUCGCCGUUGUCGGUCAGCGGAAGCAGACGCCGCUGAAGGGUUCCAAACUGGCGAUGGCACCUGCUUCGACCUCGUCGCCGUUUUCCCCUUCGUUACGGAGUGACAAGGGACGUUGCGAGUCGCCUAGACUGCUUGCUGCCGCUGCCAACUCGGCGGUGCGGCGGUCAUCCAGCGUGCAUGCCGCCAUCAGACCAUGAAGUGUGGUCUUCUUUUUAUACGAUUCUUACGAGUGAAAAUAAUGUGGCAUUUUAUAGUUGAAGACAGUCUUUGUAUUGACAAGCGUAGUGUAGAACAUGCCGAGAGGCACAUAAAUGCUGAAAUGAUUAAUAAAAUUUAAAGAAACUUUUAACGUGA